CACAUGAGACAUUUCAAAAGCAGAGAUUUCGUUGUUAAUAGUUCAACUACUUCCGAGUUCCUUUUUCCAGCUUUACAAUGCAACCGGUAUCGAGCACGUACCAUCAUGAAUGUCGCCAUGAACAACAAAUGCUACUACGCAUGGCCCAGGAGGCGGGGGACUUACAACGAGGCGGUGAAGCUGUGUCAAAAAGGUGGAACCCACGUCUUGUUCACUGAAACGAAAGAGGAGCACCAUCGACUUAUAAGCAGGCUAGGCCCUGCCUUCACGAGGAUUUGGAUUGGUCUGGAGAGGAAUGGCUCUGAAUGGAGGUGGCAAGGGGGUCAACGAAGUCGUCCAGUUGAGAAGCUGUUGUUUGCAGACAACCACAAGUCCACCAAGGGACACAAUGCCAUUGUCAGUAAAUCAAAGGGGCAGUACAUCUGGCAAGUCCAAGACCCCAACAAAACAUUUCAAAUGGUCUGUGAACAGGAACAGGGCAAGAACACUGCAGACAGGGUCUUUGAAGAGUCGUCACCUGAUGGCCGAUAUGAAACCACGGGGGGGCUUGGCUAACUCUGAGUCAGCUGAUAGCGCCAUCAGCACGGAAACAGAAUUCUCCUGGGCGGCAACAGAUACGUCAUCACUGUUUGUUGUCGGACAAGGCACUCUACGUGUACAAGGAAGUAUCACCGAAACUGUUGUCAUGGCAACCGGAGAAUCUUUAGAAUCGGAGGAAACCAAAAGCACCGUAACAGUAUCGGGGACACAGAUGCCCUAUGAAAUAUCCUACUCCCGGUUUGAAGUGAAGAAAGACUUGAACAGGAUACCGGUACCAUCGUGGGUAAACGUUGAAACGUCCGCUUCUUUCAAUGAAGACUUUAGGGUAGUAACGGAUGCCACACAGAACGUUGAAUGGGACGCUGGAUCAAGACUGGGACCAAUUAAAGCUCACGGACAAUCUAGCAACCUGAUAGUUGAACCUGAAUACUCCAUUAUACCAGGACAGUUCAGCCCUGCAAGGCGAUCUAUCAAAUCGGAACAAACCACUAAAAUGGAUCAAACUUUUACCCGAGAACAAUCCGGUAACCUAGGGGAUUCUAGCUUUCUAGGACAAGGUAUAAAUCCAGGACAAACUAUCAAACCGGGAAAGACUUUUGCCCCAAAACAAACUAGUAGCCUUGUAUAUUCUAGCUUUCCAGAACACGUUAUUAACCCAGGACAAACUGUCAAACGGGAGCAGACUUUUACCACAAAACAAUCCAGUAGAGGCGGGGAUUCUAACCUACAAGAAACAUAUAUUACUUCAGAACAAACUUUUGACCAAGUCAGUGAUUUUACCUUUGAAGCACAAUCUAGCAAUCUUCAGCAAGCUACUGUCCGACAGCAAAACAAUACUGUCAGACAAGACCCACUCGAAAAAGCAACACAAGAGACGACUUCGAUACUCGACCAAGGAACAGAAUCCUCUUUAGAAAUAGUUUCUGUUGGUUUCAGUGCAACAACUGUUCCAACACCAGCUUCAACAACAUUACGUACAGGUCAAGACACAGGCACAGAACCCUUACCAUCAGUGGACGCUCUCAUCUCAAGCACCAUCCCCUCCCAGAUACACUCGGUGCGCCGGACGGUGGGGGACAGGACUUCCCCCUUGGCUGUAACAGAGAGCCACCAGCUGUCCAGUUCGAUUCA